GACGUCACGGCGCUCUGACAAGCUGGUGGUGCCGGAAGAAAAGAUGGCGGAUCAUGAGGAGCAGCUAUCCGAGGAGGAAAAGGUACGCAUAGCCGCUAAUUUUGUCAUCCACGCCCCACCAGGAGAGUUCAAUGAAGUUUUCAAUGAUGUGCGAUUGCUGCUCAACAAUGACAAUCUUCUCAGGGAAGGUGCAUCACAUGCAUUUGCACAGUACAACUUGGACCAGUUUACCCCAGUGAAAGUUGAGGGCUAUGAAGAACAGGUCUUAAUCACAGAGCAUGGUGACCUUGGAAAUGGCCGCGUUCUGGACCCCAAGAACAAGAUCUCCUUCAAGUUCGACCACCUGAGGAAAGAGGCCACUGACCCACGGCCCCAUGACGUCGAAGGCUCCCUGGAGGGAUGGAGGAGCUCAGUGGACUCGGCCGUGCGCGCAUAUGUCAAGGAGCACUAUCCCAGUGGAGUCUGCACCAUUUAUGGAAAAACCAUCGAUGGACAUCAGACCAUCAUCGUGUGCAUCGAGUGCCAUCAGUUUCAACCAAAAAACUUCUGGAAUGGACGCUGGAGGUCAGAAUGGAAAUUCACCAUCUCCCCCUCCACCACUCAAGUGGCAGGAAUCAUGAAAAUCCAGGUUCAUUACUAUGAGGAUGGAAAUGUUCAGCUGGUGAGCCACAAAGAAGUCCAGGAGUCCAUGUCGAUUUCUAACGAGGGUUCUACUGCAAAGGAGUUUGUUAAGAUCAUGGAGGCUGCAGAGAAUGACUAUCAGACGGCCAUCAACGAGAAUUACCAGACCAUGUCGGACACUACCUUCAAAGCCUUACGCCGCCAGCUUCCUGUGACACGCACCAAGGUCGACUGGAACAAGAUCCUGAGCUACAAGAUUGGCAAGGAGAUGCAGAACGCUUAAGCGCAGCAGAGAAGAAAACAGACUACUCCCCAGUCCCCCACCGCCCACCCCCCUCUGAACAACGUUGCAUGACUGGAUAGUUGUUUCGUCUUUGUACAAAAAUUAGAGAACCAGGGACAAAAGAAAGGUUUGGUCUCAUAGUCGGAUGUCACCUUACACAUUGGAUGUCUAAUUAUGCUGGUGUCCUUAUUUUGUUUUAUACAGACACUGUUAACUCCUCUGUAUAUUAAAUCUAUGACGAAAAUCAUGUUUUGGGAAAAUAUUACUUGAGGAAAUAUUACGAGACAUAGGAAAUGGGGUGGACACUUGUAUGCAAAACACCACUUAAAAUACUGUAUCAUGUGUGCAAUAUUUAUUGUGCCAGUGAGACCAUACCUUUUUAUUUGACCUGCUAAAAUUCUGAUUAAAUUUGCAAUCAUGGUGAUGAUUUUUGAGGGAGAUAUGUGUCUGCUUUACCUUAAGAGCUCAGUUAUUAUGGCUGAAAAGGACGACUCCUUUCGCAAAUAAUGUCCAAUACGGUCAACAAAAAAACAAAUGUUUGUGUUAAUUGACAGGUAAAUCUGGCACAAGCAAAGUCACCACUGUCAGCUACUCGAUUUUCUUGUUCCUUCAUUUUGGUACUUCCUCCUCGUUUGUCCUGUAUGUGAGAGCUCCAGCUCGCAGUGCUCCUGGCUACAUUGCCUUUUUAACUCGUCAUCUUCGGAACUCUCACUCAGCACAAGGAGUUCUGUGACCAUUUAACAAGCUUAAUUAACAAAGUCAUUGGUCGCUAAGUCAUGUGCAUAAUGUCCAAUUUACAAUAAAAUCGAAAAGUAUCACUUUCUCUUUCAGUGCUUAUUUUUAUUAAAAAAAAAACAAAACCAGAACCUGUCUGUAUUAUAUAACAAGGCACACUGUAAUAUAUACCUGUAUGAAACAUCCUGUCUGUCAGUUGGGUGAUUUAUUUCCAUGAGAGUAAUUGUAAUUCAGUCACAGUUCUGUUGAAUUAAAUGACAAAUUUUCUA